CAAGGUUUAUUUAUACCAAAGAAGAAGAAUCCACAGUCGCCGAGUUCCGUGCUAACUCAACGCUUUCAAUCAUGGAGGAGGCAAAAAAGAAAGAGAACAAGCAGUCUGAAAAGAGCGAUGAGAAGGAAAAUGAUAAGGAAAAGGGACAGCAGUCCUCUGGGAAAGAUAAAGAAAAGAAAGAGGAGCAGGAAUUGUCAGAGGAAGAUAAGCAGUUACAAGAGGACCUGGAGAUGAUGGUGGAGAGGCUAAGUGACACGAACACAGCGCUGUAUCGUCCUGCAUUAGAAGAGCUUCGCAGACAAAUCCGGUCCUCCACCACCUCCAUGACCUCCGUACCUAAGCCCCUGAAAUUCCUGCGCCCACACUACGGCAAGCUGAAAGAAGUCUAUGAGGGCAUGGCUCCUGGUGAAAAUAAGCGUUUCUGUGCUGACGUGGUGUCGGUGUUGGCCAUGACGAUGAGCGGCGAGAGGGAGUGUCUGAAGUACCGUCUGCUGGGCUCUCAGGAAGAGCUGGCCUCCUGGGGACACGAAUACGUCAGGCACCUCGCCGGAGAGGUGGCCAAAGAGUGGCAGGAGGUGGAGGAGAAUGAUAAGACCCAACAGGAGACCCUGCUGAAGCUGGUGAAGGAGAUUGUGCCGUACAACAUGGCCCAUAAUGCUGAGCACGAGGCCUGCGACCUGCUGAUGGAGAUCGAGCGUUUGGACAUGCUGGAGAACUAUAUCGAUGAAAACGCCUACGGAAAAGUCUGCCUCUACCUCACCAGCUGUGUGAGUUACGUCCCAGAGCCAGAGAACUCUGCUCUGCUGAGGUGUGCCUUGAACAUCUUCAGGGAGUUUAACCGGUAUCCAGAGGCCCUGCGCCUCGCUCUGAUGCUCAAUGACAUGGAGCUGGUGGAAAACAUCUUCACCUCCUGCAAAGACAUAGUCAUCCAGAAGCAGAUGGCCUUCAUGCUGGGUCGGCAUGGUGUGUUCCUGGAGCUGAACGAAGACGUGGAGGACUACGAGGACCUGACAGAGAUCAUGUCCAACGUACAGCUCAACAGCAACUUCCUGGCGCUGGCCAGAGAGCUGGACAUCAUGGAGCCCAAAGUCCCAGACGACAUUUAUAAAACCCACCUGGAGAACAACAGGUUUGGGGGUAGUGGCUCCCAAGUGGACUCGGCCCGGAUGAACCUGGCCUCUUCGUUUGUGAACGGUUUCGUUAACGCUGCCUUUGGACAGGACAAGCUGCUAACAGACGAUGGCAACAAGUGGCUGUACAAGAAUAAAGACCACGGCAUGCUGAGUGCAGCUGCAUCUCUGGGUAUGAUCCUGCUCUGGGAUGUGGAUGGUGGUCUGACUCAGAUCGACAAGUACCUCUACUCUUCUGAAGACUACAUCAAGUCGGGUGCCCUCUUGGCCUGUGGCAUCGUGAACUCCGGUGUGAGAAACGAGUGUGACCCAGCGCUCGCCUUACUCUCCGAUUACGUUCUCCACAACAGCAAUGUCAUGAGGAUAGGCGCCAUAUUUGGGCUGGGUCUGGCCUAUGCUGGCUCCAACAGAGAAGAUGUCCUCUCGCUGCUCCUUCCUGUCAUGGGAGACUCUAAAUCCAGCAUGGAGGUGGUUGGAGCGACAGCGCUGGCGUGUGGCAUGAUCGCUGUGGGAUCGUGUAACGGAGACGUGACGUCCACCAUUGUCCAGACCAUCAUGGAGAAGAACGAGCAGGAGCUGAAGGACACGUAUGCUCGCUGGCUGCCUCUGGGUUUGGGACUCAACCACCUGGGGAAAGGAGAAGCUAUUGAGACAACGCUGGCAGCUCUGCAGGUUGUUCCUGAACCUUUCCGUAGCUUCGCCAACACGCUAGUGGACAUCUGUGCUUAUGCAGGUUCUGGUAACGUGCUGAAGGUGCAACAGCUUCUUCAUAUCUGCAGUGAGCACUACGAAGCCAAGGAGAAAGACAAAGAAGAAGACAAGGACAAAAAAGAUAAAAAGGACAAAGACAAGAAGGAGCCGGCUGCAGACAUGGGUUCCCACCAGGGUGUGGCUGUCCUGGGGAUCGCCCUGAUUGCCAUGGGGGAGGAGAUUGGUUCAGAGAUGGCUCUGAGAACAUUUGGACAUCUGCUCCGUUACGGUGAGCCCACCCUGAGACGAGCCGUCCCACUGGCGCUGGCUCUCAUUUCUGUGUCCAAUCCUCGUCUGAACAUCCUGGACACCCUUAGCAAGUUUUCUCACGAUGCAGACCCGGAAGUUUCUCACAACUCCAUCUUUGCUAUGGGCAUGGUGGGCAGUGGCACCAACAACGCUCGCCUGGCAGCCAUGCUGCGGCAGCUAGCACAGUAUCAUGCUAAAGAUCCAAACAACCUCUUCAUGGUCCGACUGGCACAGGGUCUGACUCACCUGGGCAAAGGCACACUCACCCUCUGUCCGUACCACAGUGACAGGCAGCUGAUGAGUCCGGUGGCUGUGGCGGGGCUGCUCACGGUGCUAGUCUCCUUCCUGGAUGUUAAGAACAUAAUCCUGGGUAAAUCUCACUACAUUCUCUACGGCCUGGUCGCAGCCAUGCAGCCGCGCAUGCUGGUUACUUUUGAUGAGGAGCUCCGACCUCUGCCGGUGUCUGUUAGGGUUGGACAGGCUGUGGAUGUUGUUGGCCAGGCAGGAAAGCCAAAGGCUAUCACCGGGUUCCAGACUCACACCACACCAGUGCUGCUGGCUCAUGGAGAGAGGGCGGAGCUAGCCACAGAGGAGUACCUCCCUGUCACGCCCAUCCUGGAGGGCUUUGUUAUCCUCCGCAAGAACCCCAACUAUGAAACCUAGACCGCUCCCUCUCACUGGCUUUCCCUUGUUUAUACGAGUAGCCCUCCUGGAAGUUGUCUUUUAGUUCAUUGCAUGGCUGAAAACAAAGAGACAGGUCUUUCUUUCCUCAUCCACCAUCUGUAGCCCACCUCCAGCAGUCAUUAAACAUGAAUUGGUUGGGUCUAGUUGGUUUGGUAAAUCUGAUCCGGACCCAGCUCUCUGACUGGCCUGGGAUCAGCUUAAAAGCAGGAUCUGCUCGUCACUCAUCUGUAAAGGUCAUAGGUCGGUGAUUACACACACCUCAGUCUGCAUUAGUAACUCGGUUUUCCUCAAACUUACAUCUACGGCCAUCUUUUGUUAUUUUACCAUUUACAAGUUUGUAUUUUGCAUCAAGUUUUCCUGUUUUUUUUUUUGGUUAUAGUUCUGUAAAAGAAUGAGUUCAAAUAAACAGAUCCUUUUGUUGAA